AAGAUAGAUAAGUGUAACAUCACCAAACACCAUAUAGACCCCACCCCACCCCCACCCCAGCUUUCUCUCUCUAAACCUAGUCUUUCUCUCUCUAAAACUAGUCUUUUUCCCUGACACACAUCACCAUACUCCCUCACUUCUUUCAGAAGCUUCACUCCCACCCUUUACUCUCAUAACAAUCUUCAAGUCUUUCUUGAUCCAUAUACACACACUCAUAAAAAUCAAAUCUUUUUUACCCAUUAGUCCAAUGUAAGUUAUAUAACAACUAACCACAUGGCUAGAUUCCAACAAAACAAUCUGGGUUCGGUCGUUCUUGACCACCAACCCACCACCGGCGCCGGAAACUUCAAAUUAUGGUCAACAUGUCGCCGGAAAAUCAUCAACACAAUAAAAUGCGGCGGAGGCGGCUACCGCCACCGUCCCACCGCCCAAUCACCGGCGCCGGAGAAGCCCAACAGCAGAUCUGACGUACCCCAGAAAAAGAAAUCCGAAAAGCUCUCGGAGUUGUUAAGAAUGUCGGAGUUGUUAGAACAAGAAGAAGAAGAAGUCAACAAGAAAGUUGAAAUGUUGGAAGAGUUAAAGCGGGUGGUGAAACGGUUGCAGUACGACGACGUUUUGGGUGGCGCGAAGGAGGUGCGCAGGUUAGCGAAGGAGGAUUCCGGUGCACGGUGUACGUUAGCAUUGCUCGGAGCUAUCCCGCCGUUAGUCGCCGUUCUUGAUUCCGGCAAUGUUGACUCUCAAAUUGCCGGUCUGUAUGCUCUUCUUAAUCUUGGAAUUGGAAAUGACACGAAUAAAGCUGCUAUUGUUAAGGCUGGGGCUGUUCACAAGAUGCUUGAUUUGAUCAAGUGUGAUCAAGAUGAUGGUGAACCUAACCAUGAUGUGUGUGCAGGGGUUAUAGCCAAUUUUCUUGGGUUAAGUGCACUUGACUCUAACAAGCCCAUCAUUGGUUCAUCAGGAGCUAUUAAGUUCUUGGUCAAAUUUUUGGUCAAGAUGUUUAAGAGUUCAGUCAAUGGUGAAGUCAACUCACAAGUGAUUCAAGAUUGUUUGAGGGCUCUCUACAACUUGUCACUCUUGGCAUCCAAUGUGUCGCCGAUGAUCGAAAUCGAUGAAUUUGUUUUGUUUUUGUUGGCUACUUUGGGAGAUAUGGAAGUUAGUGAUCGGAUUUUGUCGAUUUUGAGCAAUGUGGUGUCGACGCCUGAGGGGCGGAAGGCGGUUAGUGGUGUUCGUGAUUCGUUUCAGAUACUUGUUGAUGUGUUAAGCUGGUCGGAUUCGCCUACUUGUCAAGAACAAGCGACUUACAUUUUGAUGGUGAUGGCUAACAAGUCGUAUAGGGAUCGAGUAAUCAUGAUUGAGUCCGGGGUUACAUCUUCGCUACUUGAGCUUACGCUUCUAGGUAGCACCUUAGCACAAAAACGAGCCUCUCGGCUUUUGGAAAUUCUAAGUGUCGAUAAAGGGAAACAAGUGUCUGAAACCUUUGUAGGGAGCACAGGGGCGAAUGUUUCAGCGCCCCAGUGCAGGUCUAUUGAUUCUAGAUCACUCAGAUCAACAGACCCUGCAAAGGAUUCAGAGGAUGACAGGAUCAUGAGUGACGAGAGUAAAGCGGUUAAACAUUUGGUACAACAAAGUUUGCAUAGCAAUAUGAGGAGGAUCGCGAAAAGGGCGAACUUGCCACAAGAUUUCGUGCCGUCGGAGCACUUUAAAUCACUCACAUCCAUGUCAACUUCAAAGAGUUUACCAUUUUGAGAUGAUGAUCAUUAAAAGUGUGGCUGUCUACAUCAUAAUUAGAUUAAAACUGGUUUUUGAAAUGCAGCUUUUGAUGUUUAUUGUUGUUUGUUGGAAGUCUACUAAUAUAGCAAUGUUUUUUUUGGGGUCUCUAUAUUUCUGGUAGAAACAGAAUCUUUAGUGUACGGUUUUUGUCUAUUAACUAUGUAGUUAUGGUU